AUGGACGAGCCCCAGAACAAGAGGAAACAACAAAAUAAAUCUGUUUUAGUCCUCUCUGCGAGCAGCUUGGACUCUCCAGAGCUGAGGCUCCCCUCACCCUGUCCCUGUCUCCUUGCAGUCUCCCCCAAGAUAUUCCGGAUCUCCAGCGACAUCGUGGUGAACGAGGGCAGCAACGUGACGCUGGUGUGCCUGGCCACGGGGAAACCAGAGCCCUCCAUCUCCUGGAGACACAUCUCCCCCUCGGCCAAGCCCUUUGAGAGUGGGCAGUACCUGGACAUCUAUGGAAUUACGAGAGACCAGGCUGGGGAGUACGAGUGCAGUGCAGAAAACGAUGUCUCCGUCCCAGACGUGAAAAAAGUAAAAGUCACAGUCAACUUUGCCCCCACAAUUCAGGAACUUAAAUCCAGCGGUGUGAUGCUUGGAGGGAACGGCCUGAUCCGGUGUGAAGGUGCAGGAGUGCCUGCCCCGCUCUUUGAGUGGUACAAAGGAGAGAGGAAACUGAUCAAUGGUCAACAAGGAAUCACUAUUAAAAAUUAUAGUACAAGAUCCCUUCUUACUGUUACCAAUGUGACAGAAGAGCACUUUGGCAACUAUACUUGUGUCGCUGCCAACAAGCUAGGGACGACCAAUGCCAGCCUGCCUCUCAACCAAAUUAUUGAGCCUACUACCUCUAGUCGUGUCUCAAGCCCAGCUCCCAGCACAGCCCAGUACGGGAUCACCGGGCACGCCGAGGUGCUGUUCUCCUGCUGGUCCCUGGUGUUGACGCUGUCCUCCCUCAGCAGCAUAUUCUACCUGAAGAACAUCCUUCUGCACUAAAUGUAAAGACCCAUAAAAGGCUUUUAAGGAUUCUCUGAAAGUGCUGAUGACUGGAUCCAAUCUGGUAGAGUUUGUUAAAAGCAGCGUGGGAUAUAAUCAGUGCUUACAUGGGGAUGAUCGCCUUCUGUAGAAUUGCUCAUUAUGUAAAUACUUUAAUUCGACUCCUUUUUUUUGAUUAGCUGCAUUACCUUGUGGAGCAGUACACAUUGUCCUUUUUUAAGACGUGAGAACUCUGAAAUUACUUUUAGAGGAUAUUAAUUGUGAUUUCAUGUUUGUAAUCGACAAGUUUUCAGAAGCAUUCAGUCAUGGUCUGCUGAGUCGCAGACUGUAGUUUACAAAAAAACAAAAAAGGAUAUUGCAGUAAAAAUGUGCUUCUUUAAGGCUGCAAUACAAACAUUCAGUUCCCUUCUCAACUAGCAUUCUAUCCAAACUUACACAAAAAACAUUUGUUCUUUUUUGAGUAAAAAAAAAAAAAAAAAUCAAAUAACAUUGCCUUCAAAAUAUUUCCUCAAAAUAUUACACAUAUCUAGAUUUUCUUCUAGCAUGAUAUUCAGGUUUCAAGAAUGAGCCUUGUACUAUAACUGCAUUGCGCAGUACUGCUUCUGUUCUCUUCCCUCUUUCCUGCCAAGUCAGCAUGGUUGUGCCUUCAUGAAACACGACUUUCCUCUUCCUCUCCAACCAGUCUGGAAUGUGUUUUGGGAAAUGCUGAAGCAUCCUUUUGAGCAUAGGAAAUCCCUGGGUGAGGACAGAGGUGCUGUGGGCUCUGAGGAAAGCUCCUCUCCCACAGGGGCAGGGCAUAGCUCAAGGCUGGCACCAACCCCUUCCUCCCUCCAGCACCUCUGACCACUGUAAAAACGACAUUUCCCAUUAGAAAACAGAGCUCCAAUUCCUCUGUGGCACCUUUGGAAUGUCAGAAUGUUCCCCUAAUGCCAAAUUCCCACCUGGCUGUCAAGGUCAGGAUUGUUCCUUUUGUAUUACUGGCAAAGCCGACGUGGAUUGGUAUUUUUCUUGCACUCAAUUUUGUACUGGUUUGGCUGAUUUAGCAAUGAUAAAGGAUGCUUUGAACCAUGA